UUUGGUUUCUUUGAUGGAGUGGAAAGAAAAGCAUAGAGAAGAAGGACCAACAAAAUCUGCAGAAUACCAAGCAGUGGUACGUGCAGGCCCACACGUGCGUCCCCUCCAGCAAGCUCACGCUCAUCUCGUCGUCACCGGCUGCCACCGCAGCCGCGCCCUCAUCACCAAGCUCCUCACACUCUCCUGCGCCGCCGGCUCCAUCGCCUACACGCGCCGCCUCCUACGCGCCGCCAUCAACCCCGACUCCUUCCUCUUCAACUCCCUCCUCAAAGCCACCUCCGCCUCCGGCUUCUCUCUCGACACCAUCCUCUUCUACAGUCGCAUGCUCCACUCCCGCAUUGCACCUUCCUCUUACACUUUCACCUCCGUCUUCAAGGCCUGCGCUCACCUUUCCGCUCUCCGAGUUGGUACCGUUGUCCAUUCCCACGUUUUCGUUUCUGGGUAUGGCUCCAAUCCCUUUGUCCAAGCCGCAAUCGUCACGUUCUACGCGAAAUCUAGUGCGUUACCGGUUGCACGCAAGGUGUUCGAUGAAAUGCCUCAACGAAGUGUCGUUGCUUGGAACUCCAUGAUUUCGGGUUACGAGCAAAAUGGGCUUCCCAAUGAAGCGGUUGCGCUGUUUCGCGAGAUGUGUGAACUCGGGGUUCGUCCUGAUUCCGCGAGUUUUGUUUGUGUGUUAUCGGCUUGCUCUCAAUUGGGGUCUCUUGAUUUGGGGUGUUGGGUGCAUGACUGUGUUGUUAGCAGUGGGGUUCAUGUUAAUGUCGUUCUCGCUACCUCGUUGAUAAACAUGUUUUCGCGGUGUGGUGAUGUGAGCAGAGCGCGAGCGGUUUUUGAUUCGAUGAAUGAAGGGAAUGUUAUUGCGUGGACCGCUAUGAUAUCCGGGUAUGGUAUGCAUGGGCAUGGUGUUCAAGCAAUGGAGCUUUUUCAUGAUAUGAAAGCACGAGGGCUAGCUCCUAACAGGGUCACUUUUGUUGCUGUCUUAUCUGCAUGUGCUCAUGCAGGGCUAGUACAUGAAGGGCGCCAAGUGUUUGCAAGCAUGGGACAUGAGUAUGGUGUAGUUCCAGGAGUGGAGCACCAUGUUUGUAUGGUUGAUAUGCUUGGGAGGGCUGGGUUGCUCUGUGAAGCAUACCAAUUCAUCAAAGAACUUAGUCCUGAGGAGCUUGUUCCGGCGGUGUGGACCGCCAUGCUUGGGGCUUGCAAGAUGCAUAAGAAUUUCGAUCUCGGCGUGGAAGCUGCCGAGCAUCUCAUAUCUUUAGAGCCAGAGAAUCCUGGCCAUUAUGUGUUGCUUUCUAACAUGUAUGCAUUGUCAGGGAGGAUGGAUAAAGUAGAGUCAGUUAGAAAUGUAAUGAUCCAAAGAGGACUGAAAAAGCAAGUGGGUUAUAGCAUCAUUGAUGUCAACAACAACAGUUACCUUUUUAGCAUGGGUGAUAAGUCACACCCUGAGACCAAUGAGAUUUAUCAAUAUUUGGAUGAAUUGAUUUGGAGGUGCAAGGAAGCAGGUUAUGCACCUGUUCCCGAAUCGGCAAUGCACGAGUUGGAGGAAGAAGAAAGGGAGUAUGCCCUUAGAUAUCAUAGUGAGAAGCUGGCAGUGGCAUUUGGGUUGAUGAAAACUAGCCAUGGAGUGACUCUCAGGAUUGUCAAGAACCUUCGGAUGUGUGAGGACUGUCAUGCUGCAAUUAAGUUAAUCUCUGCUGUCACAAACAGAGAGAUAGUUAUUCGGGAUAAGCUUCGUUUCCAUCAUUUCCGAGAAGGCUCAUGUUCUUGUUUAGAUUAUUGGUGAUAGGAUUUAACUUGGGUGAAUUUGAUUGACUGGAGAUUAUUUUGAGAACAAUUCUGAAGAGAAUGAUGUUCUUUCAAUAUACAUCAGCAGAGUAUGUGAGAGGAAUGUUGUAAUAUGGCUUCCAAUACAAAGGUUGCAGGAAUUCGGAUAGUGAUUAACAUAUCAAUUUACCAAUAUUUUUCUCAUUGGUGCUGUUUCAAAUAGCUGAAGCCUGAAGGAGAUUUUGUAACAUGCUUUAUAUUUAUUCCCUGCAGUGAAGGGCUACUAAAGACUAUCUAUAGUGUAUGUAACAAGAGAUUCUUAUAUCAAUCCAUGUCAUAUGUAUAAAACGUAUCAUAGGUUCUGAAACCAAA